AUGAGGGUCACUGCCGCGAUUAUAGGUGUUCUUCUCAAGAGUAAGGCAGCAGAGGUAUGGUUUUAAUUUGUUUCAAUGAACUUAUGCACCUAUCAAUGUAAACCCCGUUGGGGGGGGGGGGGAUGCGGGCAAGGGGUGGGGAUUUGACAAAUUUUAAAAUUUUUGGAUCAAAUUCCCCAGGGUGGGAAACAAAAGGUCAAUCAAAAAUGUCAAAAAAAGCCCCCACCCCAGGGGAAAAAAUCUAAACAAACAGUACUAUAAUACUGUAUAAAACGAAUUAAAAGAACAUUUCAAAAGUACGUCCUUACUAAACGUAAGCUCCGUUAAAUUACUCGCUGAAAUUAAGUAUUUUCUCUCUCCACUAGCAUCUCUAAUUUUGAACAACAAAAUCACUCUAGGAAGAUUGACCGGAUCAGUGACCCGUAAAGAAUCCUCUAACUUUCAUGGUGGAAUUCGAUUUCAAUCGAGCUUUACAAUCAGGUGGGAACUUGAAGAUAAAAACUUUCUCAAAAUAGACAUUAUGUGUUUAGAUGACAGUUUAAAGUAUCGGAUUAUGGCGAUUAAAACAAAUGAAAACUUCACACCUUUCUCCAACAGCACGACUUUCAGAAAGCCUCGAGGGACGGAUUUGGUAACCGCUUCUGAAUUGAUACCAGGCUUCUGUCGGUCAAAGUCAAAUGUCCCGAGCCCGGGGUUGCUUCGCACGAUCAAAAGCCCGACAGGGGGAUAGUCUCAGGCAUCAAAUCCCCGCCCCUUGCCCGCACUCCCCCCCCCCCCUUCACCACGGGAUUUACAUUGAUAGGUGCAUUACCUUUAUUAAAUGGGUCUAAAUGCGUUCUUGGCAAAAUGCAAAUGUUGCUUUGCCAGAUGUGAUUGCUUUGGCUGCUAAUUUCCUGUUUACCAUCGAUAAAAUUUACCACUUACCUACUGUUCAUUAUUUUAUUAUUCAUGUUUAAUAUGUUCUCGCAGAAAUUCUAAUUCUUCUUUAGUAAUGUUAUUAUUAAUAUUAUCAUCAUAGUAUUAUUAUUGUUAAAUUUUCGUUGUCCAAAAGCACAGCGAAAAAAAAUUGUUUCUUUUUCUUUCUAAUGCACAUUGAAAUGCUCACAUAAACCUUAUUGCCCUGUGACAUUCCUUUUUACCCAAUAGGCUAUCCUUUGCAGUUUCAACAAGCUGAAGUUUACAAACUCAAACUGCCACACUUUGAGAACUCUAGAUACAUUGGGUGAAAACUCUGACAGCUAUUUAAAACAGACGAGAGAGAGGAUUACAAAGGAAAAUGAAGAUCUGCACCUGCUUAAAGAAGAGAUCAAGAGUUUAAGUAAUGUGCAUUCUUCUCAUCUUUCUUCUGGAUCAACAUGUAACUGCAGUGAAGAAUUGUCUGUACUGAGGAAACAAGCAUUUGAGUUGGAGAAGUCCAGUCACCCUAGUUUUGUUACUUCAUUUGACAAUUUGGAUAUUCAGUUGCAAAGGAAAAAUAUGUCAAUGGAAUCACAAAACCGGAAUUACCACUGGGUAAAUCACCAGAUAAUUGAGAACCGUGUGUCUGGGGCUCAUCUCAAAUCGAAAGGACCACAGGCAAACCUCGAGGAAGUUUCAAACCUCAAAUUUCUUCCUAUUCUCGAUGACCAACAGCGACAACGGUCCAACUAUAUUAUGCUCACAUCACGGAUCCUGGUUAACUACUUUGAUGUUUUGGCGCCUCUGAAGGAUGCAUGCAUCCUUCAUAUCUCCCACAAAUAA